CAUACCAGAGUCCCAUAAAAUCCCCUAUAUAACACAGUUCGAUAGAAUCCAUGCUUCUUCCUCCCAUUACUCGAUCUUUCUCAUUCCACUCCAGGUUCAGGAGACUAAUUUGGUCGAAGUGCAGAAAUUCACAAAUGGGUCCCGAAAAUCUGAGUCUAAUUGAUAAAAGACAUCGUGCAAGUUUUCGGCUAUGCAACGUUUCAGGUUAUAAGACGGAUCUGCUGGAAAUUUAUGCCAAGGACCCAAAGUUUCAUGUCUUGUUUAUUCCUGGAAAUCCAGGUGUUAUCUCGUUUUAUGUUGAUUUUCUGGAAUCACUCUAUGAUCUGUUGGGUGGAGCUGCAUCCGUGACAGCAAUCUCGCACAUUGGUCAAACAGAAAAGAAUUUCUCCGUCGAUUUUGGUGAAAAUACCCAAAAUUGGUUGACGAGAUCCGAUAGAGAUCCCACACCCAUACCCACGUCGUGUCAACAUGGGUGUGGCACCGAAAGUGAAGAGUCCGAGCAACUUAGCUAUGAAGGUUUAAGCCAUGUGUCACAGCCUACCUGCGCUUUGACAAAGCUCUGCCUUGUUGAACACCGUCAGGCUUAUUUAAUUUAUUUGGCCACUUAUGUCAUUUCAGCAAAUGAAGCUAUCUAUAGUAUUGAAGUUGCUCAGUUAACUAGAUCAUGGAAUCGAAAUUGGGAGCACGGAAGGCUGUUUUCACUGCAAGAACAAACAGAUCACAAGCUGAACUUCAUAGAGCAUGAGCUUCAGGAUGUUGAAGUUCCUCUAGUACUGGUUGGUCAUUCUAUUGGCUCAUACAUAUCUCUGGACAUUGUGACAUACUGCAUUUGCUUGUAUCCAUUUCUAGCUGUAAACACCAAGUCUUCAACACAAGCUAUUAUUAAGAAGAUUGCAGUAUCUCGCACUUUAUGUACGGGCCUAAGCUCACUUGCAGCAAUUCUGGCACUAUUACCAGCCUGGAUCUCCAGAUUUCUGGUGAAAAAAUCUGUGGGGAAGUCCUGGUCCCCACCUGCAGUGGAGGCUCUCUGUAAACAUGUCCUCAGGUACCAUACCAUUCAGAACAUUCUAUACAUGGCAAUGACCGAAUUUGAAAAGCUUUCUGAGGUACCUGAUUGGUCAUUUAUGAGGGAAAAGAAAAGUCAGAUGGCAUUUUUGUUUGGCGUCGACGAUCACUGGGGUCCCUUACAUAUUUAUGAAGAGAUCUCCAAUAAUGUUCCAGGUGCUGUCCUAACAGUUGAACAAGGGGGUUAUACUCAUGCUUUUUCUUGCACGGAGGCUGGCUCGUUAUGGGUAGCUCAGCAUGUUUCUGGCUUAAUCAAGAAUUAUUUAUCAAAAUAGACUCCCAGUAGCCAUUUUGAGUACACUUCAUUAUUGGCCGAAAGGUCAAAAAAGAUGUAAGAGUGAUAAUAACAUAAUCUUAUUGAUGUGUCACAUAUUAAUUACAUUUUCUUUUUGGUGUGGAGUACGGCAAUUAUUGUGUAAGGAGUGGUAUAAAAACUAGAAGCAAAUUUAGGAUUUAAAUUCA